CAUAAAAUUACUCCUAGACGAACCUAGCAUUUCUUUUCUAUUUUUCAGGAAGGAAUCCUUACAACAAAAUAAAUGAUUUCAAUAUCUAUAUAUAACCGUCAUAGAUUCAAAUUUCCCGUACCGAUUAAGGAAAUCAAAAUCCAUAACAAAACCCAAUUCCACAAACAGCUGAAAAAUGAGUUUCCUAGCAGGAAGAUUAGCAGGAAAAGAAGGAGCAUUUUUCUUUGAAGAAUCCAAACACGCCGUUACCCGUCUUGCCCAAAAGAUCAAGCCUUCCAAUUCUAUAGCUGCUGCGAAAAAUCAAGAAUUAGAAGCUUCUCCUGAUGUACUUCCUGAGAUUCUCAGACAUUCUUUACCUUCCAAAAUUUUCCAAUCUCAUACGUCAGCAGAUUCGUCACUCUCUGGUGCUUCAAAAUGGGCUCUCCCCACUGAUCCAAAUAAGACUACUUGUGUAUCACCUGAUGCUCUUAAUCCUCUCAGAGCUUAUGUUUCUCUACCUCAAGUUACCUUUGGCCCUAAAAGGUGGCAGCUGCCAAAUGCAGAAAACUCAGUACAAGCCUCAACCGCAAAUGAUUUGCGGCGUGAUAAAUACACACCUCUUAAUCCUGAAAAACUCAAAGCUGCAGCUAUGGGGAUGUCUCAAAUUGCAAAGGCAUUUGCUGUUGCCACUGCUCUUGUCUUUGGUGGUUCCGCCUUGACGUUUAGCUUGGCAGCAUCCAAGCUAGAGUUGCACAAUUCGGAUGAUAUUCGGACAAAAGGGAAGGACAUUGUUCAGCCAAGAUUGGAAACAUUCAAAGAGCAGCUGAGUCCUUUAAGGAUUUGGGCUGAAGAAAAGUCGAAGAAAUGGCGUUUAGAGAAGGGAGAAGACAUUAAAGAGAAGCCUUUAGUAAAGGAGCUCUCUAAAAUAUUGGGUGCCAAGUAAUCGAAACUAAUGCCAACGCAAUUUAUUGCAGGUAUGCAUGAGAUACAUUCAUCAAAAGAUUGUAACUGUAGCUGGAAGGAUGUAACAGAGGGAAUAAAUUGUUAGUUUGUUGUCGGAGUAAGCAAAUCUCUCGACGAUUUCUGCUCUAAAACGUUUUGUUUUCUUCUUUCUCCCUGUGUGAUCUUGUAUAACGUGGCCUGUCAGCAGCUAGUAUUUUUUAUGUAGCCUCUUGUAGAAAUGCAGGGUAAAGUUGCCUCCCAUGUGGUCCGGCCUUUUCCUGAACCCGCACAUAGCGGCAGCUCAGUGCACCGGGCUACAGUAUUAGCUUUUCAAUGUAAAUGAAGUUGUAGUGUAAUAUAAUGUAGCCUUUUGUCAAGUUCUUCUUUUGUGUGAGCUUUAUCCUGUAAAGACUUUCUUUUCAUGUCAUCUUAGAAGUUUGUUGUUCAUCUUUUU